ACUUCCCUCCGUGCUCAGGGUCUCUCGGCUUGCCCCUACCUGACCGCGUAUGUCGAUUGCGUCUCGGCUAGCUUUCUUUCGGAUCGUCUCAGGAGCCGGGGUAUCUUUAUCGCCAUGUUCUGCUCUGUGGGUGCCAUUGGCUACGUCUUGUCAGCAACAAUUCACACCACUGGCGUUCGCUACUUUGCAACUUUCCUCGUUUGUGCGGGAGUGUUCCCGGCGGUUGCCAUCACCUUUACGUGGGUGACGGAUAACCAAGGCUCGGCAUCUUCUGCUGCCCGGAAAGCUCGCCGCUGCGGAUUUGCGUGCUCAAGCUGCAAAGCUCGCAAGGUCAAGUGCAGUGGAAAUCGGCCCAUCUGUACGGGAUGCCGUCGGUCCGGGGAGACAUGAAGCUGGCCGAUGCAGACCUCGACGGAGUCUCGACUUCGAGAAGCAAAUGCCCGUAUCCGAAACCUAGAGGCCUCAAUCAGGAGUCCGAAUCAGUCUUCGAAUGAGCCUCAGCCAGAACUCGAAACGCCUGAUACCGACGCUACGAAUGCUGGCACAGCUCGCAGCCACCCGUUAUCUCAUGAUGGCAGUCGCUCUGCUGAAGCCAAUACAGACACCGAGGGGUCACUUUGGUUCCAGGUCGGCCUCGGAGAGGAUGGUACUGUCAUCUACAAUGGCCCGACAAGUCGCUUCCAUGCUGGCUCCCUCGAGGAAACCCACUUGACCGGCGGGCAUCAGGAUAGCGACCCCAAGCGAGCACAAGUCGAAGUUCUACAGUCUCAGUAUGCUCUGAUGGACUCUGUAUGGCUGCCCCUCAUCGCUGCGAACCCAGGGAGCGGACGGAGUCUCGACACCAUUCGCCGACUAUUGAGCAAUGGGCAGCCGCGAGUUGUAGGCGUUAGUAGUAGCCUUGAGCGAGGACAGAAUUCUGUCUCGAAUCCCGCUGAUAGUUCCCAUCAACUUGAUCCGCGUCAGACGAGGUCGCUGAACCCGGAUAUUGGUGGUGCACAAAGAGGUAACCUGGGUCGUCACAUGAUUUCAACUAGAAAUCAUGCAACGGUACACAACGCCUCACAGCUUUCUUCUGCCGUCAAUCCGGAAGUGGAUGAUGAUGCGUUCUUCACAGAGGGGACUGGCUGGAAUAAUGAUAUUAGUUACGGUGGAACGAAUACGGGGGCCGGAUUUCAACCGGAUGCAUUCCCAUGGGGAGUUGCAGAUCAUAUCUUGGGCAAUUCCGGCAUGGCAUUCUCCGGCACAAAUCUCGUAUGGCCAUCAGGUUCCCACCUCGACGGCUUUUGAACUAAAUCCAUGUAGCGGUGUUAGGUAAUAUAAUUGGUGAUGCAACAUUGAAUCCAUAGUCCACGGAGAGGGGUAUGAGCCGGUGGGACACCAGUAGGCCUGCCGGUCUCCAUGGCUCCGGGAAAUAGGGACACGGCGGAGGAUGCCCGAAGGUGUUGAGAAGUCUA